AUGGGUCUUCUGGAGCCCCUAAUCUCAAUGGCUCUGGGACGAUCUCCUUAUGACGAGGUAAUCUUCCCAAAUACCUCCCAGCAAAAUGAACAAGACAACGAGCAUGAUGGAUAUCGUCAACUAUACGAUGAGCGGGGUCGCCCAAUCAACCCGGAAACCCGGCGCAUCAACAGAGAUGUCGUUCGGUCGCAUAACGAAGUCAUGACGGUGAUAGGUGUCGCUGAGCCUGACAACGGCCCCGAUGAUGCUCAUGCAAUGUCCUCUCAUCGGCAUAAUGUCUAUGAGGACAGGUGGGGAAACAGACUGCUCAAUCUAGGCGGUGUUCUUGAUACGGCCUGUGUCUGGGGCGUGAAUGGCAUGAGACAGCGCAUUUUGCUAUACAAACGGUACAGUCGAGUGCCAUUCACAGAGACAUUCGCCCUCGCCAGACAGGAUCAAUCUCUAGCUGCACACUUCUUGGGCGGCUUGCCAGCAUUUGGCCUGAAUGCAGUGAUCGAUCGCAUGGUAGCCCCAAAGGUCAAGGAAUACCCAAUACUUGGCUAUGCCUCCAUGUAUAUCCGUCUCCACCUGGUUGUGUACACCACGUUCCAACGCUUCGGCAUCAUUCCGGCAACCGAACUUCUUCCCAACUGGAGAUUCUUCAUCCCCGGCUCAAGCAUAUCACCUAUUGUCGUCCCACCGCUGCCAACAUCCCUCUGUCCAGUCGGAAUUCUCAAAUGGAUAGGCGGCACCCUCCUCGGCGUUGCCCCCCUCGGUGGAUUCUUCGCCUACAUGAUCGUCUACAACCACGUUGCCAAGUUCUUCCGAAUGAAGAUUAUAAACAAUCUACCACUCCCCGGUAACCCACGGCCGGCGAAACGCAGAGCGCUCCAGGAUAUCACUCCCGUCCCGCCGACCUUUACACUCGAGAUCCCUCCACCUGUUGAUCAACAUCCCGUUGUCAGCGGCUCAUCAUCCACCCCACCACCUGCCACCGCACCCACGCAACAACAACAACCACAACCCACCACUCGCACCGCAGAGGUUCCCCCCCGAAGACAAAGCAUAACAACCACCACCACCCCGGGCGCCGGCAUCCCCCUUGUAACGGACGACUACGCCUCAGAGGAAGAAGAGCUAGAAGUCAGCGCAACCCUCAUCUCCUUCGACGUCGAAGCAGCUGACUCUUCCAACACCCUCAGCGGUAACUUCAGCAGCAACCCCGCCGAAACAAUCAACUCGGCCAACCCAGGCAUAUGGUCUGCCGAGCUCCGCCCCAAUCCAUCGGAAAACAACCGCGCCGCCCAGGCAAGCAGGGAGCGCACCUUUCGGGACAAUAAACUGAGACGAUUACCUGCUGCGCUGGCGACGGAUGUGUUUGCUAUUGGGCCGUCAAGGUUGAUCAUGAGCCCGGUUGCAGCGUUGUGCUGGACGGCGAUGAUUAGGCCUUACUUGGCGAGGGCGGGGAGGUGGGGGGAGUUGGAGGGGGUGAAUGAGGUUGGACUUUGGGGGGCGUUUAGCUGGGAGGGGGUUUCGAGCUUGGUGGGGAUGGAGUUGGUGUUGUUUAAUUUGAUGGGGAGCGUUUGGACGGUGGUGAGUGGGUUGGCGUGGACGGUGAAGAUGGAUGAGGAGGAGUGGGAGGAGUGUGGGGAGGGGUUGAGGGGGGAGGAACAGGAGGGGGAGGAGGAGAGAUGA